GAACGGAAGUGCUGAGGUCGAGGUUCCCGGCGGACAGAUUCAGGCGCUGCACGUUCGCGCAUGCGCAGUGUCGCGGUGAGGCUGCCUGCUGGUACCCACGUGGUUGCAGUUGCACCGGGCUCGUUGCUGCGGUUACCGGAGUUCUAUCGGUAUGGCGGCAGAGAAGGGGCGCAGGGGCAGCGCGUUGUUCAGCGGGUACCGGUCCCUGGGGGUGUACAGCAAUCACAUCCCCCAUGUGGUGAGAUAUCACAUGAGACACAAGGAGUUCAACCUGGUCACCUCGGUGGGCAACAGCUUCCUCACCUACAACGUGAAUAAGCUUGGACAGAUUGCUGUCAGCAAUGCACUUCCAGAAAGUAUCAACUGCCUGGCAGCAGACAGAAUGCUUGUGUUUGCAUCAUAUGGGAACAUUCUCACAGCAUUUGCAAGGAACAAAGAGGUGGUUCACACCUACAAGGGCCAUGAAGCUGAAAUUCACCUGGUGCAGCCCUUCGGCGAUCAUGUGAUCUCGAUUGACGCAAAUAAUGUUAUAAUAAUCUGGGACGUCAAAACAGAAGAGGAAUAUCUCCAGUUGUCCUUCGAUAAGAGUAAUUUUACCGUUUCUGCGAUAAUGCAUCCAAGCACAUACUUGAAUAAAAUUCUUCUCGGCAGCCAGCAAGGGAGUCUUCAGCUGUGGAACGUCAAAACCAACAAACUCCUGUUUUCAUUUCCAGGAUGGGAGUCUGGUGUUACCGUCCUUCAACAAGCACCAGCGCUGGAUGUGGUGGCAAUCGGUCUAACGUCUGGAAAAAUCUUUUUACAUAACAUAAAAUUUGAUGAAACAUUAAUGACAUUUCAGCAAGACUGGGGUCCAAUCACAUCUAUAUCGUUUCGCACAGACGGACAUCCGAUCAUGGCAGCUGGAAGCCCUGUUGGCCACAUAGGACUGUGGGAUCUCGAAGAAAAAAAGCUGAUGAAUCAAAUGAGAGAUGCUCAUGCAACAGCCAUUGCUGGCCUGACCUUUGUACAUGGAGAACCUCUACUCGUAACCAACGGAGCUGAUAAUGCUAUCCGGGUUUGGAUAUUUGAUGGCCCUGGGGGACAAGGGCGGCUGCUGCGGUUCCGCCUGGGUCACAGCGCUCCACCAACAUUCAUUAGACACCAUGGCCAAGACGGGAAGCAGAUCCUGAGCGCAGGGCAAGACGGCACAUUGCAUUCUUUUUCCACUGUUCAUGACCGCCUCAGUAAGAGCUUAGGACAUGGAUCUAUAAAUAAAGCUAAAGCCAAAAAGAUGGGGCUUCGUUGUCUGUCCCUGAGAUUGCCUCCGAUUGUAUCAUUUGCAUCCGAGUUGGCACGGCAGAAUGAAUGGGACGGCAUCAUUGCUUGCCAUCAAAAUUACCUUUCGUGCACAACCUGGAAUUAUGUCAGGACCACUAUGGGAGCUCACAAGCUGAAGCCACCAGGCCUCAAAAAUAGUACUGCACUUGGAAUCCAUGCAACUGCUGUUGCAUUGACCAGUUGUGGUAAUUUUGCCUUGGUCGGUCUUUCGCGUGGUGAAGUUGAUAUGUAUAAUAUUCAGUCUGGGAUUCACAGAGGGCACUAUGGCAAAGAAAGAGCACAUGAAGGCUCAGUCAGGGGAGUUGUUGUGGAUGGGAUAAAUCAAAUGACCAUCACCGCUGGCAGUGACAAACUAAUAAAGUUUUGGAAGUUUAAGACAAAAGAACUAAUUCAGACUGUAACCCUCAGCGCCCCACCGACUGGUAUCCUGCUCCACAGAGAAAGUGGUAUGCUGGCCGUCGGGCUGGACGAUUUUGGUCUAAAUGUUUUAGAUAUUGAAACAAGAAGAAUUGUAAGAAAGUUUUCUGGCCACAAUGGAAAGAUAAAUGACAUGACCUUUAGCCCUGAUGGCCGGUGGUUGUUAACCGCAUCAAUGGACUGUACUGUUAAAGUGUGGGACCUUCCAUCCGGAUGCCUCAUAGACUGUUUUCUGUUGGAUUCUGCGGUGGUGAGUCUCUCCAUGUCCCCUACAGGAGAUUUCCUGUCCACGGCUCAUGUAGAUGACUUGGGAAUUUAUCUCUGGUCAAAUAAAUCUUUGUUCUCUAUGAUAUCCUUGCGUCCACUUCCUGCCAACUAUGAGCCUGCUGUAGUUAUGCUCCCUGGUAUGACCGAUGAAGUGGAAGAUGAGGACACAACGGCCGACCUGGAAGAUGGUCAAGAUGACGUAAUGGAGUAUGAGUCUCCCGAACAGCUGGGAGAACGGCUUGUGACAUUAUCACUGUUGCCAGAGUCCAGGUGGAAGAAUCUCUUAAAUCUUGAUGUUAUCAAGAGACGAAACAAGCCAAAAGAGCCUCCAAAAUUGCCCAAAUCUGCUCCCUUUUUCAUCCCUACUCUACCUGGGCUUGUUCCUCGCUUUGCAGUGACUGGACAGGAAGAAGCAGCACCGUCUAAAAUCGUAAAUCUUGGAGUUCUCGAACAGAAAUCUGCAUUUUACAUCCAGCUGGGAAAAGCUUUUGAAAGUCAAAACUACAACAUUCCGAUAGGGACAAUAAAAGAAAUGGGACCUUCAGCUGUGGAUAUAGAGUUAAGAAAUCUGGCCCCAGAGGGUGGAGGGUCUGUAGAGGUGAUGCAGAGCUUCCUAAAAAUGAUUGGAAGCAUGUUGGAUACCAGAAGAGAUUUUGAUCUGGCUCAAGCAUACCUUGCUUUGUUCUUAAAGCUGCAUCUGAGGUUUAUUUCUUCUGAACCAAAGCUACUUGAAGAAAUCUCCUCUUUGUCAGGACGUCUUGAUGAAUCCUGGCUUGAUCUGCAAUCCCUUUUUAAUCAGAGCUUGUGUGUGUUAAAUUAUAUGAAAAGUGCUUUAUUAUAAAACCUUUCCAUUUCAUUUUCUACAACUUUUUUUUUUAUUAUUCUCCCUGUGCUUGGUUUACCAUACAGACAGUCUUCUUAAUUAGUGUUGUUUGAGUCCCUUCUUCACAAUUAAGUUGACUUUUUAAAAAACGCAGAUCCACUUGUAUUCUUUAAUCUUAAGACACUCUGGACAGAACAGCAAUUCCUGGUCAUUUGCUGCACACAAAUAUUGGAAUUGGCCAAGUACAGGGAAUCAUGGGACAUCUGAAAUUUGCAUUGACUGCCAGUCUGUGCCAGAGUAGCCUCACGUUUAACUGCC